AAAUCUCUUUGCUGUUUCCCUCCUUUUCCUCCUCCACUUAUGAAUUUUGGGACUUAGGGUUUCUAUUUCUUCACAUUCAGUAUGAGUAAUUUGGACAUAUAUCAUUCCAAUCACUAGCCAUUCACGGCCGAUGCCGCCGGUAAGUUCCUAAUCCAGGCACCGAAUGCACCUCGUUACACUCUUGUGUUUUGUGAGUUGAUUCUUAUUUGUCUUACUUUUAUGUAUCUUCGUAUGCUGAAUAUCGUGCUGAGGUGGAGAUUGAACGGAAGGAUAACAUUCGGGAAUUCGAUGGGAGUCCCUUAGCUAUACUUAAGACUUUGUCACCACAAGUUAGGAAGCGUAUUGAAGCUUUGAGAAACCUUCAGGGUCAACCUGCUGCGCUGAGAGCUUUAUUGUCAGAGUAGAAGGCUGUACUUAAAGCUGGUUAUGAGAAGCUGCAUGAACCGUUGCACACGAAGUGCUCUUGCAAAAGGAAGAAAGAGAGAUUGACAGAAUAUUCUGUUUGUAGAGUGAACGUGAUGUGCUAAAAGCUUUAUUUUCGAAGGAGAAGGAUGUACUUGAAGCUAAAUAUGAGAAGCUGCAUGAUUGUUGUACUCGAAGAGAAAGGUGUUCCCAACUUCUGGCUGACUGCAUUGAAGUCCUGUGCGAAAUACGAAGAGGAGAUCUACAUCUCAAAGCGGGAUGAAGAAGCUUUAAAAUUCCUCAAGGAUAUUAAGUGGUGCAGGGUCGAUCAUCCAAAAGGUUUUAAGCUUGAUUUCUUCUUUGAUACAAACCCUUUUUUCAAGAAUUCUGUAUUGACAAAGACCUGUCACAAAAGGGUAAAUAUGGCUAUGGCAGAAAACGUAACAUGGACGGAUAUUGAAUGGUUUCCGGGAAAAUGCUUGACAAAGAAGAUUGUAAAAUGCAAUCCAAAUAAGAGGUUAAUAAGUGCUAAACCAAUGAUCAGAACUGUGGAUUGUGAAAGUUUUUUCAGUUUCUUCAAACCGCCAUCGGUCACAGAACUCCAGUAUCAUAUGCAAGAAGAUUAUGAAAUUGAGUCUGUAGAUCAUUUCUUCUUUGCUUGGAUGGUGCCUUUACUCAACAAUUCGGAACAAAAUAAUCCGCCAAGCAGCGUUGUGAUUUACUGGUGAGGUUGAAGAUGUUGAUGACGACAAUGAUGAUGAUGAAGAUGAUGAUGACGACGACUAUGAUUAUGAUUAUGAUGACAACGACGAUGAUGAAGCUGAAUAAGACGAGUAUUAUGAAGGGGAAGAAGAAGAAGAGGGGAAGCCCGAAAAGAAGAUUCAGGUGCAGCAUCGGAGUCCAGUGGCGAGAGGAAUUGGUGUGGCAGCAGCUGCAACUACUGGUGGCGCCGCCACCACAGCUGCUCCAGGUGGUGUUGUGAACCAGUUCAAGCCUACGUCUCUCUGUAUGUAGGGACUUGGACAUCAACGUGACAGAUACACAGCUGUACCAGCUGUUUAACCAAGCGGGUCAGGUUAUUUCGGUUAGGAUUUGUAGGGACCUUAGCACUCAGAGAUCCCUUGACUAUGUCUUCGUCAACUACAGCAACCCUCAGGAUGCUGCAAGGGCAAUGGAGAUGUUGGAUUUCACUCCUGUUAAUGGAAAGCCCAUUAGAGUGAAGUGCUUUCAUAGGGAUCCCAAUUUUCCUAAGAAUAGAACGGGCUAAUCUAUUUGUCAGGAACUUGCACAAGUCAUUUGACAACGAAGCUUCACAUGACACCUUUUCAAGCUUUGGCCACAUUCUUACUGAUUCUAAUGGCCAGUCGAAGUGUUAUGGUUUUGUACAAUUUGACAAUGAUGAAUCCGCUCAAAGUUCCAUAGAUAAGUUAAAUGGUGUGCUCAUCAAUGGUAAGCAAGUGUAUGUUGCACAUGCUCUUCGCAAAGAGAAGAGUGGCAGAGCACAAGCUGAGGAAGGUCAACUAGUUGGUGAACGUCCUCCAGUGCGCAAGCAAUAGUAGUUUGUGGUGGUUUAAAAGCUACGGGGAAGGAUCAAUCUUGGAACCCUUGGUUGAUAGAUUUGCCUUCGCCUCAUUUUGGUAUGUCGUUCAUUUUUCCUUUUUGGCUAUUCCUUUUCCCAUCUUCCUCUUUAGUCUUUACUUGUUGGUGCAGUGAUUUUGUGAUCUCUCGGGGUUAUUUUUUUGUUGCAUGUUGUCCGCUUUUUGUUAUCAUGAUAUCUUUGGUUUUCUUCCCCGCCUCUUGCUACCAUCCUCCGCUCUACCGUCGUCCUAUGUAGUUUGUUACAGCUAUGAUAGUCUAUUGUGAAGGUUAAUAGUUGAUCCAAUUUUGUAUAAUAUUAUGUACUAGGUGGCUAGUAAAUAUCAUUUCAGAUUAUGUAAAUAUGUUUUCGACUUGUUUGUUUU